UAAAAUUAGGUAGGUACCUACAUAAAUACCUAUAAGAAGAAAUAAGAAACCAAGUUUAAAUGAAAUUCGAAUACCUAAUUGAAGUGUUGUUUCUGUGUUGUGGAUUAGGAUAUACCUAAAAAUUGUAACAAUGGACACGAGUUUGUUAAUUUUUAUAUUUGGUUUUAUGCUGAUUCUCCUGGUUUACCAGAUUGGCGAAAAAAAAUUAAUAUGUGGUGUGUUUUCAUGUAAAACAGCCUCCAUAAUACUGAUAAGUUUUCCUGUGCUGAGUUUUAUUCAAGCCUUCAUCUCAAAAUACAUCGAAGCAGAGAACUCUUUCGAGGUUCACACGAAUGACUUUUUAAUCCUUGUUUUUGUAUGUACUUGCAUCAGUGGACUGUUUGGAAUUGAACUGAAAAAAGAAUUUCUUAUUAUUCCGUUCUCGAUUGCAAUAAUGCUAAUAAUUGUCGCUUCGUUGGCUUCUUGCAUUCUGAAUAUCGUAUUUUAUUUUGAUUUCAACAAAGGUCAAUUCAGGAGCCAUUCUGCCAGCGUAGAAUUCCGGUAUGCUGUGAUUAUUGAACUCGUGUCACUUUCCACUUUUUUCAUAAUUUCAACUUUUCUGACCCAGUUUGGUGACGAGCAGCCAUCCGUAUCGAAACCAACAUCCAAAUCGAAGCCAUCGUCUGAGGCACCAACCAUUAAUGUUUGAGAAACAAUCAGCGUCAAACUGCUAUCAUUAGGGUUGUAGGCUCCUUGGGAUUUUCAAUGCUUCAAAUUAAGUAUACCUAUCUCUGCUUGAGUUAUGCUGUUUUAAACGUUUAUGAUUAUCGAAAAAUAAUGGUAAAAAUGAAUCAAUUAUGAUAAAUCAAAAUGUCAAGUACAAAGUAAGCUCCCCCUCCACUCGUUCCUGUACCUAUUAUGGCGUACAAUAUUGUAAUUUUCGAUUACUUUUUACUCAAUAAAAUUUUCUAAGCUUUAAAA